AUGGGACAGCGAGUUGAACCCUCAUUCAAAGAUGUUAAACUUAUCAACAGACUUUACUGUACUCGAGAUUAUCCAUAUACAUAUACAUUAUCUAAAUCAAUAGAUUUGGGAUGUGAUGUAAAAGGAUAUCAAUUAAAUAAGGGUAAAUGUAAGAAUGGUGGGUAUCCAGACCCAUUAAAAAAGUGUAAAUGUCUAUGUCCUAGAGGAUAUGGUGGAGAUGAUUGUACUGAAUAUGAAUAUGACAACUGCAGGGUUAUAAAAUUAACUGCAAAAGUUAAAAAACAAUAUAUCUCUACUUUUACAUCUUCUACACUUGCUUUACAAUACAUCAUUGGAAGGGGAAAAUGCUUUUUCGCCAUUAAUUUAGAAAAAGCCGAUGAUAAAAUCAAAGCAAAACGUAUAACAAUAAAAAUUGAAAGAUUGGAAGGUUUUGACUGUAAACACCUCUGUGAAAAUAAUUAUAUAGAAAUCAAAUAUCUCAGAGAUAAAUCAGCAACUGGUAUGGAUUUUGCAUUUAAGAAUAAUUUAAAAAUAUUUUUAGGAGCUAGAAUUUGUUGUAUUAAUUAUGCCAGAAUUCUAAGUAUUAGUUCUGAAGAAGAUACUGAAAUAUUAAUAAUGAGAAAGGGAUAUAUUGGUGAAUAUGACAUUAGUUACAAAGCUGACCUUGCACCUUCUCAAGAUUCUGCGAAUUGUAUACAAGUAGAUAAAUCAAUUUACAAUGGAAUGAAUCUGCAAACUCCCCAUGAAUUAGUUGUGAGAAAUGAAAAAGGAGAAAGGAUUUAUGGAACUCCGAACACCGGACCUAGAUUCUGUUUAACUUGCAAUAGGAAUAAUACGAUGAAUAUUAAUGGUAUAUACUCUCGAAAUGAUUGUGUUGAAAAAAAUAACCCCGAUCCAAAAUGUUUACAUCAUACAUGUUUUUAUUGCAAGGUAAAAAUUUAA